UUGGUGGUCCGGCGCUACUGUGAGUCCAGUUGUUUUCACGCUAGCACAAAGGAUAGCUGCUGCUGCUGCUGCUGCUGCUGCUGCAAGAGAUGAGCAAAUAAAUAGACGAAUAAGUCAGUUUGGAGACGAGCAAGGACAAAGAGGACAGAGUUUUGAGACAAGUUUUUGGACUUAUCUGAUAGAGCACAAAUAGUGAACAUGGUGUCGGCUGGGCUGGAGAUUCUGGGACUGUCGUUGUGCGUCGUCGGCUCCCUCUUGGUGAUGGUUGCCUGCGGGUUGCCCAUGUGGAAGGUGACCGCCUUCAUCGAGGCCAACAUCGUGGUGGCUCAGACCAUCUGGGACGGCCUGUGGAUGUCGUGCGUGGUGCAGAGCACGGGCCAAAUGCAAUGCAAGGUGCACGACUCGGUCCUCGCGCUCAGCCACGACCUGCAGGCGGCCCGGGCGCUCACCAUCAUCUCCUCGGUGAUGGGUGUUUUGGGGCUCAUGGUGGUCAUCGCAGGGGCACAGUGCACCAACUGCAUCCGCAACGAGUACGUCAAAGCCCGGGUGGUGAACGCCGGAGGGGUUAUCUACAUCAUCAGCGGCCUCUUUGUGCUGGUGCCCCUCUGCUGGAUGGCCAACAACAUCAUAUCCGACUUCUACAACCCGCAGGUGCCGGCCUCCAAGAAGAGGGAGAUCGGCGCCGCACUCUACAUCGGCUGGGCGGCCACCGCGCUGCUGCUGAUUGGGGGGGCUCUGCUGUGCUGUUCCUGCCCCUCCAGCGGGAACUCUGGAUAUUCGGUGAAAUACGCACCCACCAAGCGAGCCACGCAAAACGGAGAGUAUGAUAAACGGAAUUAUGUGUAGCCUUUUUUUGCCCCAACGCAAACGUUUUUCCCUUCAAUAAGUUGGACAUUUUUUUCUAUCUUCAGGACCUUUUUGGACACGUUUUGUUUUUUUUCCUUCAAUAAGUUGGACAUUUUUUUUUCUAUCUUCAGGACUUUUUUUGGACACAUCACAAAAAGGAGUAUCUUUGUUAGGUACAUGCUUUUGUAAGUUUUCAUUAUUUUUGAUCUUUUUUGUAGGGGAAGUCUCGCCAUUGACUACUGUUGCUUUGCCUGCCAAGUUGUACAGUAACAGAAAAAGAUUGCACUCCUCCUCCAUAACGGUAGCGGGGACAUACAAACAUGUCUUAAUAAACUUUUGCAUAUUUUCAUGUGCUGGGAUUAAUGGAAUUCCAUGAGAAGUUUGCUGUCUAAUUCUGGACCCGACCGGAAUGUUUAUGCCCAUUAUUAAGAGCACCUGCUGGCUUCAUGAUGGCUACAGGAAGUCUCAUUUCAUUUUGUCAAGUUCCUGGAAUUGUUUUCUUGUCUUGUUGUUUGACGUAGUGAUUCGCUAUCCAUGUAUAAGAAGAUGCAAUAUUGUUACCUUUUUUUUAAUUAAGAUUAAACUCACUAUAUUGUCUGGA